AUGGGCACACAAGGUGUCCACGAACUUCCAGGAAGCCAACCACCAAAUAAAUACCAGUCGCAUCCUUCAAAACCACCGCUAUACCAGCAACCACCAGCAUCACCGUACAUGAACACGCCGCCGCCAUCAUACUCUGCGCAUCUUCAUCUACCACCACCGCCGAAACAACAUAAUGGCUACACACCUCACCAACCAUAUCCUGAAAAACCAUCCCAACAACAAGCAAUGAUGGCACCCUACCCCCAAACGCCACCACCA